GGCACCAUAGCAAAAACCUCAAGUAAACAAAUAGAAACUCCAAAAAGGAAUCGAACCGCCCUUCUAAAAUAAUUUCACCAACUCCUCAGUUAACGAAAGGCCCCCAAGAUUCAUAGAUUUAGGAGGCUUUUAGCCUUUGAACCUCCUCUAACUAUUGGGUCUUCUGCAAACCAAACCAUGUCUGACCUAGACAGGCAAAUAGAGCAGCUAAAGAAGUGUGAACCCUUGAAAGAAUCCGAAGUGAAAGCUCUUUGUCUCAAGGCCAUGGAAAUCCUUGUUGAAGAGAGUAAUGUUCAAAGGGUCGAUGCCCCUGUAACUAUAUGUGGUGAUAUCCAUGGGCAGUUUUAUGAUAUGAAAGAGCUUUUUAAAGUAGGAGGUGAUUGCCCUAAGACAAAUUAUUUGUUUCUUGGAGAUUUUGUUGACAGAGGGUUUUACUCCGUGGAAACCUUUCUCCUUCUAUUGGCCUUGAAGGUCAGAUAUCCGGAUCGCAUAACACUCAUUAGAGGGAACCAUGAAAGCCGUCAGAUCACACAGGUAUAUGGAUUCUAUGACGAAUGCCUGCGUAAAUAUGGCUCGGUGAAUGUUUGGAGAUAUUGCACUGAAAUCUUUGAUUACUUAAGUCUUUCAGCUCUUAUCGAGAACAAAAUCUUUAGCGUCCAUGGUGGUCUCUCUCCUGCAAUAUCUACUUUGGAUCAGAUUCGAACAAUUGAUCGGAAGCAAGAAGUACCACAUGAUGGUGCCAUGUGUGACCUGUUGUGGUCUGACCCUGAGGAUAUUGUUGAUGGAUGGGGUUUGAGUCCCCGUGGUGCUGGUUUCCUGUUUGGCGGCAGUGUUGUCACUUCGUUCAACCACACAAACAGCAUUGACUAUAUAUGCCGUGCACAUCAAUUGGUUAUGGAAGGAUACAAAUGGAUGUUUAAUAACCAGAUAGUUACAGUCUGGUCAGCUCCCAAUUACUGUUAUAGAUGUGGUAAUGUUGCUGCAAUUCUCGAGCUGGAUGAAAAUCUUAACAAGCAGUUUCGCGUGUUUGAUGCAGCACCUCAGGAAUCAAGAGGUACUCCUGCCAAAAAGCCUGCUCCCGAUUACUUUCUAUGAAACAGAUGUGAAGCUUUACCUUUUCUAGUUAAUUACACUUAAAUUGAUCAACGAGAGGAUUUCAGUCACUCGACGCAUAUGUUCCACCUAUAGUAGCAGAACGAUAUUCAAUGGAUAGGCUGCUCGAUGAUUAUCGAGAGUUGCACUUUCAGUUUGUAAUUGUUGGGCUUGCCUUUGACGGAUGUGCGCUUGUUGUAAUUGUAUUGUGUUAAGUAGCUGUUCUGUGCUACCAAGUCCACGGCAUAUUACGUUGUAAUUUUAGUGCUGGAAGAGUAAGAGAGGGUAAGAGGGAGAAAGAGUAAAGACAUUGAUUCUGAAGCGAGAAUUCGAUUAGGAACAGUCGGAGAGUGAGUUGUUGCAACUAUGAUUCUUAUAUGAGAAUUUCUCAAUUUGGUUUUGUUUCAUCAAA